UGGCAGAGCUUGUACGAAGCAUAUUCAUCCCAAAGCUACUCCACAACAGUACUUGGAACACGUUGCAUCGUAUUAGCCGCAGUUUCCUAUUAACAGCACAGGUGAGCCAUGCCUUCAGUUCCCUCCAGCACUGAGACCAGCAGCCUGGCCCUCCCUUGCCCCCAUGCUGCAAAGAUCCGCUCCAGUCUCCUAAAUGGGGAGGAGAACAGCAAAAUCCGGCCAACUCCCAUCCAGAUGAACGGGGAUGAGAGCAAUGUGGAGAGGAAGUGGAUCCGUCCAGACCUUCCCAGCAAGUGCACCUGGAGACUGGGGAUGUCCCUCACAGAUUCUCCGCACACCCACCCUGAAAGGACAAAACCCCCCAACAUCCUGCCCAACAUCCUCAGGAAGAUUGGGGACACCCCACUGGUCCGCAUGAACAAGAUCCCCAAGGCCUUUGGGCUGAAGUGUGAGCUGCUGGCCAAGUGUGAGUUCUUUAACGCGGGCGGUAGCGUGAAGGACCGGAUCAGUCUGCGCAUGGUGGAGGAUGCGGAGAGAUCCGGAAUCCUCAAGCCUGGUGACACCAUCAUCGAACCCACAUCCGGCAACACGGGCAUUGGUCUGGCCCUGGCUGCCGCUGUAAAGGGCUACCGCUGCAUCAUCGUCAUGCCAGAGAAGAUGAGCAUGGAGAAGGUGGAUGUCCUGCGCGCUCUGGGUGCAGAGAUUGUCAGGACCCCCACCAGCGCCCGCUUCGACUCCCCUGAGUCCCACGUGGGCGUGGCCUGGAGGCUGAAGAACGAGAUCCCCAACUCACACAUCCUGGACCAGUACCGCAAUCCCAGCAACCCCCUGGCCCACUACGACACCACGGCCGAGGAGAUCCUGGAGCAGUGUGAUGGUAAAGUGGACAUGCUAGUGGCUGGUGCUGGCACUGGGGGCACGAUCACUGGUAUCGCCCGCAAACUCAAGGAGAGAUGCCCCAACAUCAAGAUUAUUGGAGUUGACCCCGAGGGAUCAAUUCUGGCAGAACCGGAGGAGCUGAACAAGACCGAUAAGACCCAGUAUGAGGUGGAGGGCAUUGGUUACGACUUCAUCCCAACUGUGCUGGAUAGAUCUGUGGUGGACAGCUGGUACAAGUCCAACGACGAGGAGUCCUUUGCCAUGUCGCGCAUGCUGAUCAGGGAGGAGGGACUCCUCUGUGGUGGCAGCUCAGGCACAGCCAUGGCGGCAGCAGUGAAGGUGGCCAAGGAGCUGACAGAGGGCCAGCGCUGUGUGGUUAUCCUGCCUGACUCCAUCCGCAACUACAUGUCCAAGUUCCUGAGUGACAAGUGGAUGUUCCAGAAAGGCUUUCUGAGGGAAGAGGACCUCAUGGUGUCAAAGCCCUGGUGGUGGAACCGGACCCUCCAGGGCCUGAAACUGUCGGCUCCACUGACCGUGCUGCCCACGGUCACCAUCAAGAGGACUAUCACCAUCCUGAAGGACAAGGCCUUUGACCAGGCGCCGGUCGUUGAUGAGUCAGGGCUGAUUCUGGGCAUGGUCACCCUGGGGAACAUGCUUUCCUGUGUGUUGGCAGGGAAGGUGAAACCCUCUGACCCUGUUAGCAAGGUCCUCUACAAGCAGUUCAAACAGGUUCACCUCACAGACAAUCUGGGAAAACUGUCCCGCAUCCUGGAGACAGACCACUUCGCCCUGGUCGUACAUGAGCAGAUUCAGUACCUGACCGAUGGCUCCCCAUGCCUAAAGCAGAUGGUUUUUGGAGUGGUGACAGCCAUCGACCUGCUCAACUAUGUCACCGCGAGGGAGAGAGAGCGGUCCCUGUCCGAGUGCACUGAUGAUUCAUAACCAUUUUGGGUGUGGCUGGGCAUGUGACUGCUGUCACAGAGAGUCGGACUUCACGCCAAUUCAGAUACACCAUUAGGAACAGCAGCACAGAGAGUGACGAUCACAUCACAAGGGCCAUAGGAAUCUGGAAUGAGGAACUGGGACUGGGUGAGAGGUUUGUCUUCUAGACAUUAACUUUCCCCUGGUUUGAUUUGCCUUCUUGUAUUUGAUCAUUUACUGCUUUGACUAUGACUACCUGUGUGGAAACUGCUCAAAUUGGCUUGAAAGAAAUUUUCAAUUCAUACACUUUUUCAUUGUCAAGUCUUGGAAGAUGAAAUUAAUGACCAAGAGUAAUAACCUAUAUUUACU